AUGGCGCCGAUCCUCUCGACCAACCCGACAGUCACACUCACUCCAGAGCCUCUUACGCCGGAAAACUUCGCACAAUUUGGCACAGCGGUGGUUUCACCAUUACCACGACAACUCAAUAUCGCUCCUCAAUUAUCAUCCCUGCCGCCACACGACCCAACCCCGGUCCUGGCAAAUCAAAACUCUGCUCUCAAGUAUAGUCCCAUCUCCCCGCUCCUCGAUCGCUACACCAAUGUCUGUCCAAGCGGCCAGCCCUCCGAGGCACGCAUGACCAUGUUCUGCUGCUUUCCGCGCGUUUUGCGCACUGUCAGCUCUGGCCCCCAGCUACAGGAUAAGGAGGUCUUUGAUGUGCGUAUCCUCGAGCGCCACCCGUUUACGAAUCAGACUUUCAUUCCAGUCGAUCUAUCGGCCCAUUCCAAGGUCGGGGAUGGCGAGGAAGAGCCACUGUUUUUGGUUGUGGUUGCACCCACUUUGAAAGGGAGCUCGGCUACCGCGAAAAACGAGGCCGGAGAGACCAUUACAAUCCGUGACCCGCCGGAUCUGAAAAAUGUGAAGGCGUUUAUUGCCCGUGGGGGUCAAGCUGUUACUUAUGGUGUUGGGACGUGGCAUGCACCUAUGGUGGUUUUGGGUCACCGGAGGGUUGACUUUGUUGUUGUGCAGUUUGUCAAUGGAGUUGGUGAUGAGGAUUGUCAGGAGGCUGCGUUUGGGGAAGGCGUUGUUGUUGAUUUUGGUCGGAAGGGUCAACUUGGUCGGAUUGAGAAGGGCCCGAGACUGUGGUCGGCUAAGCUCUGA